AUGAUGUUGUCUGGUCUCAUGUCAAGGCACUACGCCCCAGUGAUCACCUCUGUCCCCAGCAACAAGGAUGUGACAGAGAACACCAGUCCCAACAUCGACUGUAGCAGUAACAUCACACCAGGCAACCCUUCAACAACAAGCUACAGGUGGACAGGUCCAGGUGGUUACAGCAAGGAUGGGGCUGUACUUGACAGACCUGUCACCAGGACUCAGGGAGGAGUGUACAUUUGUACUGCCUCCAACACCCCCGGACUGUCAGACACAGCUCAGGUCAACGUCAAUGUCCCGUACGCCCCAGUGAUCACCUCCGUCCCCAGCAACAAGGAUGUGACAGAGAACACCAGUCCCAUCAUCGACUGUAGCAGUAACAUCACACCAGGCAACCCUUCAACAACAAGCUACAGGUGGACAGGUCCAGGUGGUUACAGCAAGGAUGGGGCUGUACUUGACAGACCUGUCACCAGGACUCAGGGAGGAUUGUACAUCUGUACUGCCUCCAACACUGCAGGACUGUCAGACACAGCUCAGGUCAACAUCAAUGUGCAGUAUGCCCCAGUGAUCACCUCCGUCCCCAGCAACAAGGAUGUGACAGAGAACACCAGUCCCAACAUCGACUGCAGCAGUAACAUCACACCAGGCAACCCUUCAACAACAAGCUACAGGUGGACAGGUCCAGGUGGUUACAGCAAGGAUGGGGCUGUACUUGACAGACCUGUCACCAGGACUCAGGGAGGAGUGUACAUCUGUACUACCUCCAACACUGCAGGACUGUCUGACACAGCUCAGGUCAACAUCAAUGUGCAGUACGCCCCAGUGAUCACCUCCGUUCCCAGCAACAAGGAUGUGACAGAGAACACCAGUCCCAACAUCGACUGUAGCAGUAACAUCACACCAGGCAACCCUUCAACAACAAGCUACAGGUGGACAGGUCCAGGUGGUUACAGUAAGGAUGGGGCUGUACUUGACAUACCUGUCACCAGGACUCAGGGAGGAGUGUACAUCUGUACUGCCUCCAACACUGCAGGACUGUCAGACACAGCUCAGGUCAACAUCAAUGUGCAGUAUGGACCAGGAACCAGUGUCAGUAUAACUCCAUCCUCCCCCCACACAGUAGUGGAAGGAACAGGGCCUGUAUCUAUUAGAUGUACUGCCGACUGUAAUCCUUCUUGUGGACUCCAACUGAAGAAGGGGACUACCGAUGUAGGUCAAGGCCAAGUCACAUUGGACAAGGUCAACCGAGCCCAUGCUGGAGACUAUACGUGUGAAGCUGAGAAUGUGAUAGGACGUGCCAGUAAACAGUUUACCCUUGUUGUUCACUAUCCUGUCGAUAUAAGUAUGUUUACGGUCAACUCACUCAGUCGUUCAGUGACAGUUAACGAAUCGGAUCAAGCUACCUUGACCUGCCAGGUUGACAGUAAUCCAAAAUCAGUCAUCAGGUUACUAAAUGGAUCUGAGGAGUUGACAAGGGCAGAUAACUCCCUGACAGCAACAUACAGACUGGAGUCAGCAGACUGUAGACAAAGAGGGAACUACUCCUGUACUGCCACCAACAACAUCGGGGCACCGGUCACCCAGAGGGUGGAGUUGCUAGUCAAAUGUACUCCUCAACUAGAUGAAACAGUGCCCAAGCAACUCAAGUACGCUUCCAGGCAGGGUGGUGAUGUGAAUGUGUCUGUGUCAGUCCUGGCCUACCCCCUUCCUACAUUCACCUGGAGUAGAUCCAUCAGCACCAGCCAGGACCUCACUGGUUCCUCCAGCCCUGUCUCAGACAUCUCAGUCACUGCCAGACUACACCUUACUAACCUCCAGCAGCAGGACUUUGGGGACUAUAAUCUUACAGUUGACAAUGGUGUGGGCGGGUCAGUGACAUACACAGUCAGCAUUGUGCCAACAGGACCACCAAACACCCCAACAAACGUCAGUGUCUCCCAUGAAGGCCCCUUCACUCUACAUGUUUCCUGGAAGGAGGAGUUCAAUGGCGGAGCUACUCAGACAUUCACUGUAGAGUACAGUACAGACAAGAAGGACUGGAAGAUAGCAGGAAGUCAUAUGGAGACGGGAAGUGAGAAUUUUAUGACAUCACCCAUCAAUGACCUCAACUCUGACAAACUGUACUAUGUGAGGAUUAUCGCCAGGAACAAGUUUGGAAACAGCAGCUACACUGAACAUGUGACUGGACUCACGGAGAAGAAAGUUAUACCUCCUGGACCUCCAGCUGGCUUAAUUGGUGGCGUUGCAGGUGGAGUUGCUGGUGUACUGAUACUUGUGGUGAUAGUAGUCGUGGUGAUGAUUGUUCGGCGCAGAGGAAAAAGAGGUGAAGAUACUGAAAGAAUUACGUCGAAAGGCAGGGGAAAGGAUACAAACGACAAAUUAGAAAUGGAGAAUGACAUAUAUGAAUCAGCUGAAAGGGCAGAAAUGCAGGACAACGUCUGCUACGCCAGUUCAGAUGAAGUCAUGAAGCCUGGAACCAGUGGAUCCCAGGGUGGGUCAGAAGUGUAUGCUGCUGUGGAUAAGAAGAAGCUGAAACCUGCUUCAAAAACUAAUGAAGUCUAUGCUGAAGUGAAGAAACCAGCAAAUAAGAAGGCUAAAAAACAAGGAGCAAAGAAAGAAAAGGCUAAGAAAGCAAAUCCAAAAGAUGAUAAAACCCUUCUGAAGUCAAAGAACAAGAAAGAAAGGAAAGGUGAAGCUUAUGAAAACACAGGCAUUGGAGAUGAAGGAAACCCGUACAUCAAUCAUGCCUUUGCUGGUGAACCUGAAGAUGUUGCUGGCCAAGCAGCUGUUCCACCGGGAGCAAAGGCAGGGCGGGAUGACGAUGGCCUGCUGUAUGUUGGGAUAGACUUCAGCAACCACAACCCACGCCAGCAUGUCCACAGAGAGGAGGAAUCAACUGAGUAUGCUGGCAUCCAGAUUGGAGUUGUUGGACCACCACCCACAGAGGAGGAAAAGAAAGAAGAAGAUAAAUAGAUGUAUCAUGAAUGACGUUCCUUUCUGUUGUUUGAGUUUCUGUUUGUUUGCUUGUUACUCUCAAAAUGGUUUUCAAUACCAGAGUCUGCUCAGUAUCAUAAUGGGGGUGGUUGGUUAACCAUGUGUUUAAAAGCUCCAGAAGACCUGUGUUUGAUUCCCCAUAUGGGUGCAAUGUGUGGAGCCCACUUGCUAAAAAGCAUAAAAUGUACAAUACUGUAUGACAAGAAACAUAUUAAACAAUUUCAUGUACAACUUCAAAAUGUGCAUUGCAAGUAUGGACUGGGCAUCACUCCACGUUAUCUUUUCUCACAUAUAUUUCUCAGAGAAAGCUUUAUAUGCCUUUCUUUAUAAUGAUGAUCUUUGAAAACAGCAGUUAUGAUCAAAAGUGUAUUUUUAUUAGUGCUGUAUUUGCUCAGUAUAGAGAGUGAAAAUUCAUUGUUGCUCUUGAAUGAUAUGCUUUUGUUACACGAUUAGUUUAAACCAACUCUCUGACAUUUGUGCAUAAUCACAGGAUUUGAUUAACCUGUUACACGAUGCAAUUAACCCCUUCUCUCAACUGUGAUAUGUAUAAAAUCUGUAUUUUGCAGCGUAGUGAUUUUCAUAUUUGUGGGUUAAAAUUUAAGUGAUUCUCGUCACUUUUUAUGCUUUUGAUAUAAUCUACUUUACAACUUACCCUGGAUAUGUGUGACAUACCAUCUAUUCCAUCACAAGAUAAGUCGAGGUGCAUCAGGCAUUACUCUCUCACUUUUAAUUGAAAGUGAAACGUGUUUUAAAUUUAUUCCAGCAUACAGUACAUGUUCUGACGUAGAAAAUGCCGUGACAAUAUACCGUUUUUUAAUGGUGGCUUUCUCAUUAUCUCCCCAAAUCUCACACUUGUCAGUGACAGUGAUAGUGAUUGGCUGAAUGGAGCAAAUCAGACGGGUCGUUAUUUUUAUCAUAAGCAGUUGCUUAUCAAGCGAUUGGCUUGCCACGACGAAUUGAAUCAUGCCUCGUUGCAUUAUUUAGUCAUGUAUCAUGCUUUUUCGGGACUGAACCAAAAUUAGCACAAUCUGAACCAAAAAUUUAGCCGAGAGUAAAUACUGCAGUAUAUUGAGAACUGCUGUAUACUGUUGCAGCACUAGUUGUCAACACUGCAUAAAUCACCAAUGGUGGACGCACAUGAUACUGAAAUUUGACACCAGAUCUCUUCAAGGGCGUGUCUCGAUGUCUUGUUUCAAAUCAUGCAGAUUUUUAUAUUAUCCUGUCAACAGUUAAACAGUCAUGAAGGAAAACACCACAAAUCAUGCUAGUUUCUAUUUGCAUUAAAAAAUGGCAUAACAUCAAAUAAUGCCAAGUUACUUUAUCCCAGACUUUA